AUGCCGAAAAUAAGUAGUUCGAUUUGCAACAAAAUGCAAGGAUGGAUUUCUUCAGCAAACCAAGACACCGAAGUUUUCACUACUGACAGAAAAAUAGUAUUUUGCAAUCCUUGUGGAAAAUCUAUUGUUUGUGAGAGAAAGUCUCAGGUAGAUCAACACAUAAAAACAGUGAUAGUCAUAAAAAAACUGGAAACUCAAAAUAUGACUUUACAUGAAAGCUUUUCAAUAAUUGACGAAACCAAAGAAAAAAUUAAUUCUAUUCCUGGGCCAAAAGGUGCAACACUUACUACAAAAUUAAAUGAGCUUUCCAAUAAAAAUAAAGGUCUGGAAAUUCUACAAAAAAUAAAUGCAGUACUAUCAGGCGAAAACGUUCAGCUCGAAGAUGUUUAUCAAGACCCGAAAAUAAUAAGUUGCUUCAAAUAUGCCCCAACAACUUCGGUUGACGUCGAACUCUUAAAACCAGAAAAAAUUUUGCCGAAAACUACGUAUGGAGUAUUUUAUUAUAUGGCAGUGAAACCUGGACCUUAA